CUGCCAGAGGCUUUGUCGUGUCCGAAGGCACCAAGAAGAUGUCGUAUGAGAGGGAUACAAAGAUUGUGAAUGCUGCAUCGUUCACCAUCGAGCGUGAGGACCACACCAUUGGCAACAUCCUUCGCAUGCAGCUACACAGGGACCCAAAUGUGCUCUUUGCUGGCUAUAAGCUCCCUCACCCUCUUCAGUACAAGAUUAUUGUUAGGAUCCAUACUACAAGCCAGUCCUCCCCGACACAAGCCUACACCCAGGCAAUCAAUGAUCUUGACAAGGAGCUUGAGUACCUCAAGCAAGCUUUUGAGAAGUGCCAAAUGCUGACGAACGAUUUGCACACCAAGAACGAUAUCGAGGAUCCAAGAACUAGAACAAUCUGGAGCGGUGAAACGGAUCAAGGAUCCAAGAACGACAUCGAUCCUGAUCCUCCUGGAGACUUGGACACCAAAUGGACCAAAACCCGCGAAGGGGACAAACAAACCAGCAAAUGUUGAAUAAACAAGCGCACCAUUGGGGCCGAAGCCUUGGCCUGGGGUCAGGGACGAGUCGACGAUAUCGGAGACGGCGGACGACGUAUCGGAUUGCCGGUGACACGAGGGUUCUGGUUGGGAGGGUGCGGCCGUGGUUAUAUACGGUCGUCGUUUGGUCUGCUUUGGUUCGACGCAACCGCUUGCGUCGCGGUUGCCGGUGCUUAGCUUGAGGCCUAAGCAGUUUUCUACACCGUCGGAUGUGGCCACGUAUUCUUAUCCUGGCCCUACACGUGCGCAUCUGGAAAACUAGCUUUUGUCCAACACAAUAUCGGUACGUACUAUCUUUUUUGUUUUUUUUUCUUGAGAGUGAAAAAACGUCAAUGGCCACUGAUUAGGCUAGCUACGAGGCGCAAGGAAAGGAAUUUCGAUUGCUUUUAUGUUGAAGAUCGUCAUGGACGCAGCUAGAGGGGUGAUACAACCCACAAGACUGGUCUAUACGGCCCAAGGACACUCUAGCCGGCUGGUACCUCCCAUAUGCAUUUUUUUAAAGUUUCGUGAGGGUCCAGCCCCUCACCUUCUAUGCCUCCUGAUGUUAGAGCUUUCUCACCGUCGAUUUGGCCAGCCCCUCACCUUUUAUGCCUCCUAACGUUAGAGUAGGAGGGUGUCUCGCCCCCCCCCCCCCGAUAGUUACUAGUGUUAUAGCUAUAGUUAUCUAGUUUCCUCCACGGUGAUACUGUCAUGAAGAGUCUUUUGUCCCUUCCUCGUCU